CUAACAUUUCCUCUAUCCAUCCAAAUCGCCGAGGCAUGUUACUCUCGCACUUCAUGCCAAUGGAUUUUGCACACCCAAGACAAGCUUCCACAAAACCCUAACUUAUUUUUCGCCAUUCAAUAUCAACAAAUACGUCUGAAAUUGGAUUGGGCAAUAACAAUCUUCCAAUUCAACGAUUAAGUGGAGACAAAUGGAGUCUGACGAAGACGAUUUUGUUUUCUAUGGAACACCGAUAGAGCGUGAGGACGAUGUAAUCAGUCGCAAGAAGAAGGCCAUUGCCGAGUCCUCCGGUCAACUUCGAACUCUCCCAGCUUGGAAGCAAGAGGUUAGAGACGAGGAAGGGCGGAGAAGAUUCCAUGGAGCAUUUACAGGAGGCUAUUCUGCUGGUUACUAUAAUACAGUGGGCUCCAAAGAAGGGUGGGCACCCCAGUCAUUUAAAUCAUCCAGGAAGAACAGAGCAGAAUUCAAGGAGCAGAAUAUACUGAAUUUUCUAGAUGAAGACGAGAAAUCUGAGUUGGAAGGUCGUUUUUUGGGGACUACUUCACAGUUUGAUACAUUUGGUUUCACAGCUGCCGAAAUUGCUCGCAAACAAGCUGAGACGGAACAGAAACAGAGACCAUCCGUAAUACCUGGACCUGUACCUGAUGAAAUAGUUGUUCCGGCCAAUGAGUCAAUAGGGGUAAAACUUCUCUUAAAGAUGGGGUGGAGUCGUGGCCGCACGAUCAAGGAUUCACAUUCUGAUGCAUUGUAUGAUGCCAGAAGACAGGCUCGCAGAGCUUUCUUAGCAUUUUCUUCUGAUGAUCCAAAAGUGAAGGUAUCAGAGUCUGAGUCUGUCGAGGGUGAUAUUGUAAAUUUUCCUGAGAAGCCUGUGAAUGACGAUGCUCAGAUUUCUAAGAAUACACCGGUUUAUGUACUCAACCCAAAGCAAGAUCUGCAUGGAUUAGGUUUUGAUCCUUACAAGCAUGCUCCGGAGUUUAGAGAGAAAAAAAGAUCACGCUUAGCCAACAAGGGGGGACUUGGGUUCUCUAGAGAUAGUCUUUUUGGUUUGAAGUCAGGAAAGGCUGCCCCCGGUUUUGGCAUUGGAGCUCUGGAGGAGCUUGAUGCUGAGGAUGAGGAUGUGUAUGCCACUGCUUACGAAUUCGAAGAUGCUGUUCAAGAAGUAGAAGAACCUUCAACAUUGAGAUUAGAAAACCGGACAAAGAAAGAGCCGAAGGACAAGGGUGAUCUGCCUGGUUUCAGAGUUGCAUCCAAUUCUGACUAUAAAAUGGAAAGAUUUGAGGCUCCUCUGAUUCCUAAGGAUUUUGUGCCCCACCACAAAUUUUCUGGACCACUUGACCUUAACCGCAAGAGCUAUGAAGUGACUCCACCGGACACUCCUCCUCCAGAGGAUGGCAAUUUAAAAUUAUUAAUUGAAGGGGUUGCUAAUCUGGUAGCUAAAUGUGGAAAAUUAUAUGAGGAUUUAUCUAGAGAAAAGAAUCAAUCAAAUCCAUUGUUUAGUUUUCUUUCUGGAGGAACUGGCCAUGAAUAUUAUGCUAGGAAAUUGUGGGAGGCACAGCAGAAACACAAUGAUCAGACUAGUCAGCAAUUGGAUGGAAAAAUGACUCCCGGUGUGAAGAGGCUAACAGCUGAGAGCCGAGGCCAGAUCUUAGGGGAAAAACCUCUAGAAAAAAGCUCCGAAGGUCCAUCCUCAUUUGUUGCUUCGACAGAUAUUCAACUCCAAUUUAAUCUUACUGAUACAUUUACCAAGUCUACAUCAGUUAGUGAGUUGAUGAAUGUAGAAAAGCCUUUCAAAGAUGAUCCAGCAAAGCAAGAAAGAUUUGAGCAGUUUCUUAAGGAGAAAUAUAAAGGGGGAUUGCGCUCUGCAAGUUCUAGUUUAGCUAGUGAUAUGUCAGAGGCUGCUCGUGCUCAAGAAAGACUGAGUUUUGAGGCUGCAGCUGAGGCAAUAGAAAAAGGACGACAGGGCAGGGGAAGCAAGCCUUUGACUCCAUCUGCCGUGGAUUUCAUCCCAGGUGGUGUCAUGCAGUUUACUUCUGGUGAAUUAGAGCCAAAAAAAGACCUGCAAGCUGAUGAUAUUUUGAGGAAGAAAACUUACCCUAAGAGGGAAGAGUUUCAAUGGCGCCCUUCACCUCUUCUGUGCAAACGCUUUGAUUUGAUUGAUCCUUAUAUGGGGAAGCCACCACCUGCUCCACGGAUUAGGAGUAAAAUGGAUUCCUUGAUUUUUACAUCAGAUUCAGUCAAAGGUAUCAAAGUGGACGACCCUGUUACAUCAAUAAAAGACAUCUCACCUUUGCAACAAUAUACUGUUGAGGACAUAGCCAAAAGUAUUACUGAAAAUGAAAUUGAAGGGGACGUGGAAGUUGAAAAUAUUGAAAGGCCAGUUGACCUGUACAAGGCUAUUUUCUCCGAUGAUUCAGAUGAUGAAAGGGGAGAUUCUGGUAUUGGGAGAGUGGAUAAUCAAGAAAAGAAAGCUGAAGUAGCUAAUACAGCUUUGAGCCGAUUGAUUGCCGGUGAUUUUCUGGAAUCAUUGGGCAAGGAACUAGGAAUUGAGGUUCCUCCUGAUAUGCCUUACCCCAAACAGAAGUCUAAGAACAUUGCACCUCAGAAAGAACUUGUUAAUGAAGAUACAAAAAUUGAAACCCUCGACAGUAAAAAUAAUGACCAGAUAUCCUUAAAUCAUGAUUUGCUAUAUGAUCAGCAAAUUUCUCAGGAGGGUGGUCUAUCAAAAAGUGUCACUAUUCAUGGAAAUAACCAUGAGAACAGUAAUGUGAAAACCAAGGGAGUCAGUACCAUGAACUAUAAACCCGACAGAUCUGAGCUGAAUAUUAAUGAUGUAAGGAAAAUUAAAUCGCCUCUAGUCCCCAACCAUGACUAUAGCAGCAAUUCAGAAGAAGAAAAAAGCAGAAAGCGAUCUAGUAGGAAAAAAUAUGAUCAGUACAGGAAGCUUAAAACCCCUGUAACACACCGCCGAAAUUAUAGUAGCAGUUCUUCAUUAGAAGAGGAAAAGAGCAGAAAACGUUCUAGACAUCAUGGACAUAAGAGGCGUGAUGCAGGAAGUGAUUCAUCCAGUGAUGACGAAAGAAGAGAUAGGCACAGUUCAAGGUCAAAAGAAAAGAAAGGUUCUUCCCGAGAAAAAAGCAGAAGUGAAAAACACUCAAAACACCGCAAACACAGAAAGCAUGAAUCUCCAAAUAGACACUCUCGUUAUAGCAGUGAGAAGGACAAUUCACGUUCCAGAAGUGAGAAAAAACGGAGGGAAUGAGCGAGACUUGUUUCCUUUGUUUUGGACAACUUUUUGGAAUUAUGUUGGUGGAUCAUUGCUGUGUUAGAAGAUAUUACUAGGUUUUGGGAGUGAUGGUGCUUUGAUACACCCUAUGGAUUUCAUCUGUUUUGCAAGUCUCUUGCAUAUGCUUCACUGGUUUCAAGUAUGCUGCUUAUUUAUUAUCCCCACCU